AUGACAGUCUCUGCCUCUCGGGCGUCGUCAUCGUCUCUAGCAAGGCUGGAGCCACUGCUGCUCCUUGCCAAAUCUGCAAGAGGCGCUGCGGCCGCCAAGCUCAUCGUAGAAGCCACUGCUGCUCAAGGCUGCUACCUCUUCUCCGAAUUGGCACAGACAGAGGGUGUGGUAGCACUGGGGCAAGACUCGACAUUUGCGAGCAGCACUGCCCUUCUGAACCUGUUCCUGUACGGCACUCUGUCAGACUACCUCGCCUCGCCCGCCUCGUACCCCACUCUGACACAGAGCCACAUCAGCAAGCUCCGCCAGCUCACUCUCGUCUCCCUAGCAAGCUCAGCACGCAUCCUAGAUUACUCUCGUCUACUCAGCGAAUUGAAGCUCAACGUAUACAUCGCCGAUGGUAAUCUGCAAUUCGACGGCAUCGGUGCGACUAGCAGUAGUGCUAGCUCUGCUGAUGACCAAUCUGCACUGAAAGACCUGACAACCAUUCGCGCGCUCGAGGAUGUCAUUAUCGAGGCCAUCUAUGCUGGUCUUCUGGGUGGCAGGUUCGAUCAAAGGAGCGGAAAAUUCCAUGUCGACUCAGUCAUGGGCAGAGAUGUGGGAGGUGAUGUGGAGCUGAAGCAGAUGGAAGAGGCCCUGCGAGCUUGGGGCGAUACGACGACAUCUCUUCUUGCAGAGCUCUCACAGCGCAUAGACCGUGCCAAGGCAGAUUCCGCCGAAGCAACGCAAGUCCGUCACGCUCACGAGCGAGACCUCGCAAGUGUCCUAUCUGCUGCGUUGAGACAGCCGCCUAGCGGCUCGCAGCAUCCUGGUUACGGAGGCGGGGCUGGACACCCUAGUGGAGGCUGGCAAGACGGUGGCGACGACGAGAUGGAGCUGGACGGAGCAGAGGGGAAGAAAGGAGGUACUCUCAAGAAGAACAGAACUAAGAGAACGAGGACAUAG